AUGGAAUGCGUCGUACCACCGACAAAAGCUCUUAUUGAUUCGUCAAGUGAGUAUAGUAAUUAUAAAAUUUAAUGUUCAACAUUAGAAUCAUGUAAUCUUAUAAAGUUAAUUAUUUUUUUACGCCAACUUCGAACCAACUAGAAUACUACCUAGUCACCUACAUAUAAUAAUGAAAAUAAUGACGAUCUAAAAUUUAGCUGUUUAUAAAAACUGUUUAUCGGAAAUUUGAAAGUAUAUCUCGAAUAUGAUAUUAAGGGAAGUUAGAAACUGCUUUUCAAAUUGUUUCCAGUUUUGUUAAAUUCGAUAUUUAUUUUUUAAGUUGUUUAAAAUAACUACGUAUUUACGAAUUUACUAUUCGUAAAUCUCGAUAUAAAUAAAUGGUAGAGGUACACGCAUGUGCAUAAAUGUUUUGAAAUACUGUAAUUUUAACAAUUUUCGUCAACAUUCGAUGCUAAGAUCUGAAAUUUUUUUUUUUAAAAAACUCAUUAAAUUUAUUAAACUCAAUCACUAAUAUACGUACAAUAUAAUACACCUUGUUAUAAAUUUUCAAACAUGUAUGUUUGGUAAAAUAGUUCUUUCCGUACACUAACCAAACAAAAAAUGACAAAUGACUAAAAAUAGCUCGAAAAUCACAUGUUUUGAAAAUUUAACCACGUCUAAAAUGUGUUAAUAUAAGAUGUAUUCUGUGAAAAUGUGAGCUCUUUGGAAUAUUAUUAACCGAAUUACAACGAAAUAACAAUAUUGAAAAUUUGAACCCGUUAUUUUAAACUUUCCCGUUCUUUCUACGUUUUCCCUUAGUUUGGCUCAGUUAAAUUUAAAAUAGCAUUUUUCCUGAAAUGGAAUCGGACUGGGGAGGUACUUUAUAUAGAGGUUAUUUUUUGAUUUUCUCAGGGGGUUUUUCAACCAAUGGAAAAAACGGGAAAAUAAGUAAAAUAUUAAACAAAUAUGAAUAAAGAAAAUAUAUAAUCCAUAUGUAAUUAUUUCACCAUAAUAUGACAUGUAUAUUGUUGAAAAAUCAACACUAUCAACCGGACUCCGCUCAGAAUCGUUUUUUCGUUAGCAAUGCUUACAGAUAUACAUUAAAUUUCCCCUAUACUACCUUGCAAUCUUCUCAUUAAUAACAGUGGCUGCACCCGUCCCAAUUAUCCUAGAACAGCUUUUUAAUAAUAUUAUAAUAAUAUGUUUUGUAUUAAUUCUAUACGUUUAUGAAAUAACGGAUCCCGUAAUGUUCAUUAAAGAAAGGAAUCGAACCCACAUCACCCCCUGCUACGUUAGUCAUUUAAUCGUCGGGUUCAACGCACAAUAGUUCUUUUGACCAAAAGUGUACGACGGUGUACACUAAAGCGUUCGUAUUGAAAAAGUGACGCGCUACACGCUGUUUGUCAUAAGUCCAGUGUUCGGGUUUUAUAGCAAUCGCUAAUUGGUUAUUAUCAUAGAAUACUGAUAAAUAUAGCAGAUAGUGAGAUUUUCAUUUGUUUUAUGCGCCAAACACUGUAAAUGUGUUUUUAUUUUUUGCAUAUUUGAAGUAUUUAGAAUUUUAGUUCUAUUUUUUGCUAUAACAAUAUAUGCAAAACAUAAUGAUUUAUUUUGUAGUUUUCAUAAAUAGAAAAAUCUGUCAUUUAUGUGAAUCCAUCGUACAGCCUAUUUAUACAUGACUUUUUAUGAGUUGUAUAUAUAUGUUUAACAAAAUUUAAAAUUAAUAAAAAAUCAGUACAUUUUUUUGGCAUACUAUAAUUUUUUUUAAAAAAGAUUUUUAGCUCAUAAUUUAUCGUAAAUUUCAAUUAUUUACAGUGCUAUAAAAUCUGAGCACCGGUUAUAAUGUUUUUAUUAUUUUAAAAAAGUAUCGGCUUAGUGUGUACACUAUUUACACCAAAACAUGUGUAUAGAUUAGUUAUCUUAUAUUUACGACUAUUUUUAACGAUGUGAUUAUUUUGCACCAAAAACGUUCGUUUUGAAACAUUACUCCCGCGGUAUAGUACACCGGAACGCGAUUAUGACGCUUUAAUGGAUUUCAUUUUCUAAAUGUCAGAAAUGAUCGCGUGUUACCAAGGGUGUUAUUUCAGUUUUUCAAUAGGGAUGCAAAAAUUUGAAUCUUAUCAACUUUUCCUUCCGUCAAGCCAUUUAUAUCUUGUUUAUUUUGCGGAAAUGAAAAAUAAAUUUCGAUCGCUUAACUCGCUCGUAUUUCCACUUGACAUUUUAAUAUAUAUGAAUUCUAAAAAAAUAUAUUUUGUUAAAAAUAACAAGCAACUAAAUUUCAAUAUCAAUAUCAUCUAAUGUCAAUCAAUAUCACUGUCAGUUUGUUGACAUUAUAAUCAUAUCGAUACCACGGUAGUCGGUAGUACUUAAAUCGUAAGCCAUAGUAUGACGAUUAGCCGCGCGCAGGUAAUAAUCGCCCACGUCAGAAAUUGUCGCAUCCUACAAUUUAUCGACAACGAAGCAAUUAUAUACGAUUUUAUGCGGGCCAAAAACACUUAGGUAAUAUAAAAUUGUGUUGUCGAAUUGGCUACAUGUAAACUCCUACAGAAAUUACCUUUUCACUUCUAUUUAAAACAUAGUGUAAACUCCUACAUAGUCCCUUCUUACCUUCAAAAAAUAGAUGGUGUAAUCUCAAACACGGGCCUUUUUACAAAUUAGAUUCUGAGUGUAGCGAAGAAUGUACAUUGGUUUUGCAAUGAUUUUUAUUUGAGACAGUUGCACUUAAUUGGGUAAAAGACAUGCGAUUUUACGAUUUCAUUAAUUUAAAUUGACACGCACCAGAAAUAUAUACUUAUAUAUAUUUUAUGCCAGAAAUAGUUUUCAAAUGGAAAAACGAUAAGAGACCUUUUUUGUUACUUUUUGAAUAAAUAUUCGUAUAGGCUUACGAACGUAAGAUAAUAAAAUGUAAAACAAAAUUUAGUAACCAUUAAUAUAAGGCAUCGUAUCGGAAAUUCUCGAACAUUUCGAUAAUGUCCACGUUAUUUCCGUAAAUUAGAAAAAACGACAAUCUCUAUAUCUUAUUUUUGUAGCUCAUGACUGUUUUUUACUUAUUUCACUUUUUACAACUAUCUAGAGUAGGAGUUAAUACUAUGUUUUGCAGGAGUUACACUAUCUUAUGUCGGAGUUGACCGUCUCCCGCCAAAUUAUAGUCGGACUCCCUCAAAUGACGUUCCCCGCCUGGUUAUCGCCAGUUCCGGUCGUCACAACCGGUUGGCGCCCGGGAAUUCGGACGCACGCAUGUAUAUAAUACGACACCGGGCGCCGGGUGGCGCACGAAUACGCGUAAUGGGCGCGUGGUCGUUAUUCAUCGGAUUAAUUGCCGCCGUACGGACACUCCGGGCGGCGGUAUGCCAGCCGGUCAAAACUUGGGCCAUAAACUGCCGCUGCCGCCGCCGCGGAACGUGCGUACAAUUCUCGGCGCAAAUUACGGCGAAUAAUAUUAGUAUUAUUAUUAUUAUAUUAUUAUAAUAUAUUAUUGUGUUUUAUGCGCGCGCGUUCGCCGACGACGGUACGCCGACCGAGCCACGAGGGAAAGUUUGGCGGCGAGGGGAUGGAGGGAUAGCGCAUCGCACCUCCGCGAACGCAAUAAUUAUCAUCCGGGGCGCCGCGCCGUGCGGCAAUAACGCGCUCCCGGGUUAUUACGGUUGGCGCGCGGAACGUGGGCGCCGGGCGCGUUGUGUUACGCGCGCACGGUAAUACGUCGUAUACGGUAAUUGUACGCGACACGCGUGCCCAUUAAUCAAACGCGCGGUAAUAACGCGACGCCUUCGCCCCGGCCGCCGGUUUUUAACUGUUAAUUAUUACUUGCGGGGCCGGAGGGCCGGCGCAUCAAACUUUCGCCAUCCGGCCCGCGCGUCGCCCGUCCGCGGCGACGAGGCAUCGUACGGAACGGCUUUCGGCGUACGCUGA